AUGGAAGCCCCUGAAUACCUUGAUUUGGAUGAAAUUGACUUCAGCGAUGACAUCUCUUAUUCAGUCACAUCACUCAAGACCAUCCCGGAGCUGUGCCGAAGAUGUGAUUCGCAAAGUGAAGACAGACCAGUUUCUAGCUCCAGCUGGAAUUGUGGUGUCUCAACUCUUAUUACGAACGCGCAAAAGCCCACAGGAAUUGCUGAUGUGUACAGUAAGUUCCGUCCAGUGAAGCGAGUGUCCCCACUGAAACAUCAGCCAGAGACUUUGGAGAACAAUGAAAGUGAUGACCAGAAGAACCAGAAGGCAGAGUACCAGAAAGGGGGUGAUUCGGACCCAGCCCCCCAACCCGAGGAGCUCAGCCCCAGAGAUGGAGAGGGCAGCCCUCAAAGUAAGAGCACGGAACCCAGCACCUUGCUGGGUGAACUGGAGCACUACGACCUUGACAUGGAUGAGAUUCUGGAUGUGCCUUACAUUAAAUCCAGUCAACAACUUGCCUCUUUUACCAAGGUGACUUCGGAGAAAAGAAUUUUAGGUUUAUGCACAACCAUCAAUGGCCUUUCUGGCAAAGCCUGCUCUGCAGGUAGUGCUGAGAACUCGCCGUCCAACGUGACCCCGUUUUGUGUUCUUUCUCCCGUGAAAAGCCCUUACUUGAGAAAAGCACCCUCUGUCGUCCGUGACCAGCAAAAGCUCUCCACUGAGGAAUCCGAGACUUCGCCUCCUCUGGUUAAGUGUAGCUCUGCAUAUGAGUCUGAAAACCAGAGCAAAGACUUCCUAAACAAGACCUUUAGUGAUCCUCAGGGUCACAAAGUUGACAAGGCAACGCCAGACUGCCAGCUCAGGGCCUUCCAUCUGCAAUCCUCAGCCGCAGAACCCAAACUAGAUGAGCAGGUCAGUGGCGUGAACUGGACCGGCUCAAGGCAGAAGAGGAGUGAGUACCUGAAGAAAGUGAAAAGCAUUCUGAACAUCGUUAAAGAAGGGCAGAUAUCUCUGCUGCCGCACCUGGCUGCUGACAAUCUAGACAAAAUCCAUGACGAAAACGGAAACAAUCUCUUACACGUUGCCGCGUCACAGGGACACGCCGAAUGUCUGCAGCACCUCACUUCUUUGAUGGGAGAAGAUUGCCUCAAUGAGCGAAAUGCCGACAAGUUGACUCCUGCGGGCCUGGCCAUCAAGAAUGGUCAGUUAGAGUGUGUUCGCUGGAUGGUGAGUGAAACAGAAGCCAUUGCUGAAUUGAGUUGUUCUAAGGAUUUUCCAAGCCUUAUUCAUUAUGCAGGUUGCUUCGGCCAGGAGAAGAUUCUGCUGUGGCUUCUUCAGUUCAUGCAAGAACAGGGCAUCUCGCUGGAUGAAGUGGACCAGGAUGGGAACAGCGCCGUUCACGUGGCCUCGCAGCAUGGCUACCUCGGGUGCAUACAGACCCUGGUUGAAUAUGGAGCCAAUGUCACCAUGCAGAACCAUGCAGGGGAAAAGCCCUCCCAGAGCGCCGAGCGCCACGGACACACCCUGUGCUCCCGGUACCUGGUGGUGGUGGAGACCUGCAUGUCGCUGGCUUCCCAGGUGGUGAAGCUCACCAAACAGCUGAAGGAGCAGACAAUGCAACGUGUCACACUGCAGAACCAGCUCCAACACCUUCUAGAAGCCCAGAAAUCAGAGGCCAGAUCACUCCUUUCUUCACCCAGUUCACCAUCUUCCCCAGCUUCCAGAAAGUCCCAGUGGAAAUCCCCAGAUACCGAUGAUGAGUCUCUAGCCAAAAGCAAACCAGGAGUCCAGGAGAUUCAGGUUCUUGGAAGCCUGUCUGUAUCCAGCCGGGCUAGGGCCAAAGCAAAAGAUGAAGAUUCUGAUAAAAUCCUCCGCCAGUUAUUAGGAAAAGAUAUCUCAGAAAACGUCUGCACGCAGGAAAAGCUGUCCUUGGAAUUCCAGGAUGCCCAGGCGUCUUCAAGAAACUCAAAAAAGAUCCCUCUGGAGAAGAGGGAACUGAAGUUAGCCAGGCUGAAGCAGCUGAUGCAGCGGUCAAUGAGUGAGUCGGACACAGACUCCAACAACUCUGAGGACCCCAAGGGCACACCCGUGAGAAAGGCUGACAGGCCCAGACCUCAGCCCAUCGUGGAAAGCGUGGAGAGUGUGGACAGUGCCGAAAGCUUACACUUGAUGAUAAAGAAACACACAUUGGCAUCAGGACGCAGGUUUCCCUUUGGUAUCAAGGCCUCCAAAUCUCUGGAUGGCCAUAGCCCAUCUCCCACCUCAGAGAGCAGCGAGCCAGACCUGGAAUCCCAGUGUCCAGGCUCAGGAACUACUCCCCCAAACCAGCCCCCUGCAGAACCCCCUCAGCCCAGCCCCGACAGCACAGCCGCCCAGAAAGUGGCCACGAGUCCUAAGAGUGCCCUCAAGUCCCCAUCCUCCAAGCGCCGGACAUCUCAGAACUUGAAACUCAGAGUUACCUUUGAGGAGCCCGUGGUGCAGAUGGAGCAAAGUGGCCUUGAACAGAACGGCGAAAAGGACAGAGAUAAGGGCAGGCUCCCACGGACCUCUGCGGGGAACGAAUCAGGGGAUCAACUGAAAAGGCCUUUUGGAACCUUCCGAUCCAUCAUGGAGACGUUGAGUGGCAACCAAAACAAUAAUAAUAACUAUCAGGCAUCCAACCAGCUAAAGACGUCCACGCUGCCCUUAACACUUGGACGGAAGACCACAGACAGUAAAGGAAACCCCGGGAGCUCUGCUGGCAAAGGGAAGAAUAAGGC